AUGGAAAGUCAGUCUUUUUCAGUCGCCCUUCUCUUUGCGCUGACGGUUCUUCUAAGCCUCAUCCCCGACCCUGCACUUGCCCAAAAGAGUUGGUUUUUCUUCGUAUAACUUGAAUUAUCUCUCUACUUUAAGAGUGCUGCAACAAUCCUGUUUUUGGUGUGGGUAAACUCAGCUGCGGUAACGCUGGCUGUACGGACUGCUUGACCAAGGAGUUGAUCCUCAAAGAUGUUCCUUCCGACAACAGGAUCAUUGGGCUCGCUAAUGUUCUGACUUCGGCGUCGCGAAUCGUUUUUGAAAACGUUGUCCAAAAGCUUGACAUUUCUAAGUUGGAAGAGAUCUCGUUUAACGCAAUAGAUAGCAUGGAGUUUCCAGGUAAACCGUUGUUUAUAGUGUUUUUUCGUUUCUUUUCGAUAGAUUUGACAAAUAUUUUUGCUUCUGCCGCUUCAUCAGCAAAGGGGGACAAAAUGCAUUCUUAGAAGAUUAGCGAAAUUAUAGAUUUGUGUUGGAGAAUCACGCAUAUUAUAUUAUUGAGAUAAUUUGAAUUCAUUCUGCCCUUUUUAUGAAAAUGAUUUUUACAAUUGAUCUUUAUGGCAUGUUGAAUCAGUGAACGUCCAGAACAAGAUAAAAUAUCCAGGACAGGCGUAAUAUACGCGUGGUUAUCCCAAAAACAAUUUGAAGAAAUUAAAAACUCGAGCAAAAAAUAAAUUGCAGAAUCUGUUAUCCGAAUCAGGCGUACCAACUUCUCUGAAUUCUCCUUUGAGAGUUUGAAGAAAAUCACGGUUACUCCGCUGUUGCCGUACUGCAAGAAAGGGACCAUCCUGGACAUCGAUUAUUUGCCACCGGAGCUACUUCAAAUACUGCAGGAUCGCGAAAAGGUGGGAGAAUCCUCUAUGUUCAGAGUCAUUUCGGCGAUUUCGAAAUUGAAGAAGUUGGACCUGAAAAAGUCGGUAUGAAAAGUAAAAAAUUUCCUAAAGGAAUUUCUGUUUAAUCGUCCCUUGGCUGAAAAAUUCGUUUCAAAAAUUAUUUAAAACAAAACACUACGAUAAUUUCUUUGUAAAAACAGCAUAAGCCCUUCACUAUUGUUAUUUUUACCUGAAUCGAUCGAAAAACUGAAUUUCCUACUUUUCCCGUCCCUCGUUACCAACAUUCAACGUAUUGCAGGAGGUGUUGGCGCCUUGUGCGCAGCUUCUGACCACGAUUCCGCCACCGACUCCCGCUCCAUGUCCUGCGCCGCCCGUCUGUCCAACAUGUACAGCUGUCAUCCCCACCGGGAGCCGAUCGCCACAGAGAGCCAGUUCGAAUGGAUCGGUAGUCGGAGCUGCAGCGGCACUCGGCCAGAAGGAAGAUUCUUCGGAUCCCAAAAGCGACUGCAGUUGUUUUUGUGAGGACGUUUUAUCGAUCUGAAACUAUUUAUAUUAGGGUUAAGUGAUACGAAAUGUAAACAAAGCAUAUUAUUUUUUUUUUACAAAAAUUGAAAUGAAAAUUCGUUUUGAGUCUUCAGAAUCACCAAUUGUUAGCCUUUUCCUUCUAAACUUUUUUCCUCGCUGUUCACUAUCUGUGCGAAGAAAACUGUCAUCCACUGUUUCAAGAAUUUUAAAAUCCUCAUAAUAUGGAAAAAAAAAACUUUCAGGGACCGCCCUUUUUUCGGCCUGUGCCACCUCAUUUUUCUGGAUUCUUCUCUUUGCCGCGUUCCUGCUGGCCAAGAAGAUCUACGAUCAGAAGAAAAGGAAGGACGUCGCCCUUGAUGAUGUCUCCAGUGAAAAGUCAAAGGACCGCCCACACUCUGUCAAAGCCGGGACGACUUCUAAGGUUUCUGUCAACUGUUAACGAAAAAGUGCAAAAAGGCUCCCUUUUGCGCCCGUAUAUCAGCCGCUGAACCUCGACUCUUUUUUGUAACGGAAAAAAACCGAAUACUCGAAAAAAGGCGACAAACGGAGUUCUUCUUGUUUCUCACAUUACUUUGCAAGCGUUUUGGGUAUAGUCUGUUCAGAUUUUAAAUGUCAAGUCGUCGUUCAAGCUCCGCCCAUAAUGGUGCGAUAAACCAAUCAGAUGGCGAGCCAUCCACCGAGCGUUGUCGAAUGACGUCAUGCUACUUGACAUUCAAAAUCUGAACAGACUAUACUUGCGAUUUCUCCCGUGUAACUAUAGAACGGGAAGAUUUUUAUGCAGAAGAAUCAAAUUAUGGUUUUUUUUGUUGCCUUUGGAAGCAUCAAGGUCCGUUUUCAUCAAAUCCAUACUCCCUCUCCCUCCAAUCCUCCGUUUUGAAGCGUUUUCUAAGUGCCAUUGUAUACUCGGCUUUAAAAUUAGUAAAACUUUCUUCUGCUGCCUCGCGCUUCGAUAGCGCCACCGACGAUUCUGAGCAGCUCUCACCUUGCUUAGCGGCGUCAGCAUUCUUAAGAGAUCCCUAGAGUUGCUCAGAAACGUCGGGGGCGCGUCCGGUUUGCGUUAUCAAUGUCCGAGCGAAACGUCAAGAGAUAUGUUUUUAAGAAAUCGUCUGGUAAUGAGGCUCCAACACCCGUCACCAGCAAGGAUGGCCCGGGUACGGAGGUUCCAACAGGCGUCACCAGCAAAGAUGGCGCUGCGACAGACUCCAAGCUGAGGAAAGAAAUCAACGCAAUUGUCAAAGGAUGUGAGUUGGCUUCUAUUUUCUUUUCCGUUUUAGUCGAUUCAGCUUGUCACGGUUUUCUUCUUUCCUUUGAGCUACUUCUCUUUAAAACGCGCAGCCUGUCUCUUUGCCUUUAAUACAACAGAGAAUAAAUAGAAGGCGGAUUCACAGAGACAAUUUUGAAAGAAAAUAUCGCGACAUGCUGGCCCGGAUCACACUUUAUAAUCAUCUACCGAAUGAAUUUUCUUACUUUCAGUGGAGUACAUGGCGUACUGCGUGCAUCAGAACUUCUACAACUUGAACUGUUAUCACUCGAAGUUUCGUAAGUUACUCGUUUUCUAGAUCUUUUGAAUUUCCUUGUUCGCUUUCAGUUUUCGACUUGGACGACAUGAAAUCAAUGGGUGUGGACGGCAUAAGUGAGUAUAUUUUAUUCGCAAAAGAAAUAUUAGUUGUUUUUUUUUUUGUAAAUUCUUGUGAAAUAUUGUUUCAAUUGAAGUUAUUCGCUUUUUUUUUCGCUUGACGAAAUAUUCAACAACUUGGUUCGCCUGAAAACUGAUGUAAUCUGAUAUCAAAGUUUAACAAGAAAAAUCUUCAGAUGAACAAUUCCUUAACGAUUCUUAAACGUUUCUCAUGAACCAUUGAAAAUGUUCACAGGGUAGUUGUCAAAUUCAACCGUUCAAACUUUUUCAACAGUUGACCUAGUUUCGAACAUUCUCAACAGUAUAUUUUCAACGGUAUCUAUUUUUUUUCAAUCGAUGAACCGUUGGAAUGAUUUUUAGGUUGAUUAAAAAUUUUUCAAACAUUUUUUUAAAUCAAAAUUCACGUUUAAAAUCGAAAAGUUCAAACUGGUGAAAGUUUGAUCUUGACGAUUAUAGUCCACAUGGUCUCAAUAAAUCAUGAGACCAUACUUUUUUUGCGAUAAAUAGUUUUUCAGGAACGAAAUGAAGAAAAAAACUUUUUUUGCGGCAUUAAAACAAAAAAAUUAGAGAUAUUAUCAACUUUUACCCCCACUGCAGAGAAGAUUGAAUCAAGGUCGAAAAAUGAAUAAUAGAAAAAAUAUUCGACGUAAUCCCUUUAGAACCCGUUGAUUGAUAGCUGUUAAAUUUGGUCUUCAGGCACUCGAAAGCUUAAAUUUUCAGACCGAACAUUCUACGAAGCGUACGAAAAGGUGCUGCUCGCCCAGCAUAAUCUGGAUAAGGGCCAAAGUUUGGAGAAUCUCGAAACAUUAAUGGCGAAAAAUUCUCUUUACGUGCCACAGACUGAACUUUUCCGUGGCAGGGACGAUUUUCUCCCAGCUUUCGUACCAGCAGAUUUUAUUGAGUACAAAGUAUCCAAAAGAAGCAAUGUGGUCACGAUUCUGGAGCUCGACCAAGAAAUGAAACCGACUUUGGAAAAGAAGGCCGGCAAAAGCCGAACAGUUGAAGGGAGGAAGACCGCAGGAAAAGAAGACAAAGAGAAGAAGGCUGAGAAAAAAACAAAGACCGCAGCUGGAAAAACUGCAGGACCGGUGGAACCAAAAAAAACACCCAUCAAUAAAUUGACUCCUCCUUUUGACUUACUAGAAAGAUUGAAGGCGGUGGCCAUAUAUCCGCACUUGACGGAAGAUGAACCUGUUCCUCUGCAACAGGACAAUUCUCCCAGCGAACCCCCUGUAGACCCCGCGACGGAGAACAAACUAAACGAGAAGCGGAAAGAAACGAGUGAUAACAUCGAAAAAAAGUACAGGAAAUGGAGAGGUGAAAAGCCUAAACCAGGAGAAGAGGCCAUUGCCAAAGCGUGUGAGUCUCAUUUGGUUAUUCACAGUGUUCCAAAACGGUUCAGUAUAGGCGAAAAAUAUGGUCGUCCAAAAUGGCGAAACUGCAACAUUUCGAGGGAUACUUGAUUUUGCAAAAGCUAUUUCGUCUCUUUUUUCACUUGAAUAGAUCAAAGUUGAGAACGGUCGUAAAUUAGUAACGUUCGUGCCAAGAUUUACUUCCGUUUUUCGCAUGCGAAGAGAAUUUUCAGUUUUGUAAAAGCCCUUCCAAAAAUAUCUUAAACUACAUAUUUGAGCUAGAUAUCAAACUUGAAGUUUUUGGAUCAUAUUUUCACGAACUUUUUUUCCAAUUUCGAUCGAGAAUGAACUUCUUUCAGAUUGAACUGUGAAAACAAAAAAAUUUCAGGGCUACUUUUGGGAUCACUGAACCGAUUUAUGUAUGAUCAGAGCGACACUCACAUAAACAUAAGAAAGGGUUAGUUUCAGUUGUCUUUUGAAAAAUAUGUAUUGUGUUUGAAGGAUAUUUCUCGGUCCGCUUUUGAACGAUAUUCAAAAGCGGGAUCGCACUUGUUUUUUCAGAAGAACUCUAUAGAAAAUUCUUCUUCCUAUUUGGCUUUAUGAGAAAAAAAACUUUAUUGAGUUUUAAUAUUUUUCAACGUCGAAUUCAAAACGCGGGUUUUACUUUGACUUUCUCGGUUUUCAGACUAUUGCCAAGUCUCUUUUAUAAUGUGCCGUCUUUUGUUGGCGGAAUUGAAAGAAGAUGAGCAGCUCAACAACAAAGCGGCCUACUCGAACGACCGGUUCACGAAGGGAAUCGUCAAGGAUCUCCACUGUAUGAUUUGAAAUGCCGGGGGUAUGAAAACAAGAUUUGCGAAAUUUGCGUUGACGAACUUAUCGAAGACCGCGAAAUCGCGGGCGGUGUAUGCCACCGUGUAUGCAUACUGUUUGCGCAAAAAUCAAUAAACACCUUUCCGACGGAACUUUUUCCGACUUUUUUUUUGCCUCUUUUUUCAAAUUUUUGGAUUUCGUCACUCAUUUUUUUUGGUUUUCUCUGUUAUUUCAUCUUUUCCAUCGCAUUAUGAUCCUCUGGUACGCAUUGUUCCUAAUUUUUCUCGAUAACAAUAUAUUUAUCGAUAGGAAACGAUGUCAAUGAAAAAAAAAGAUUUGGAAACAACAAAUCUAUGGACUAUGGUGAAAGAAAAUGAAAUAAAACAAGAAAUUGGAAAAAUAAGAAAUGACACGAGAAGAAUGUGAAAGAUAUAGGAAAUUUUGAUGUUGCCCGAAACGAAAAACAAUAACUUACAGAUUUGUAGGAAUCAGCGUCACUCAAGUAAUCAAGCAUGUCAUCCAAUGUUUCUCUCAUAGCUCUUUCUUCUUCACUCAUUCUGUAAUUGAAACGCAGAAAAAAACUGUUAUAAACAAUGUUCCAACAGCCAUCACGACGAAAAAUUAUUCCAAAAAAAUUUUUUUUUACUUCAAAACAAAAACUUGAGGUCUUUUUUUCCGAUACAAGGAUCAUAAUGCGAUGGAAAAGAUCUAAUCUUGUUUUCAUACCCCCGAAAUGCCACCUUGAAACUUAUCACAAAAAACGGUAUUCAACAAAAGUUGAGAAAGAAAAUCGACGGUUCGAGAGCUGAUAUAGAAAACAAAAAAAAAAUUCGAAUUAGAAUAUUUAAUUCCAAAAUUUUUUUUAGCUAAUUUGUGGAUCGUUAUGGAAAAUUUUCAUAAUCAUGAAAGUCAAAAAAAAAAUUCACUGCUGCUUUUUAUUGUUGAUGAACACCGACGCAAAUGAUUGAUUAGAAUAAAAGUUGAAACAAGUGAACGUUGAAAUCAAAGACAUUUUCAAGUUGAAAUCGAAGACAAAACGGAGUUUCGUCGAAAAACCCUCUUUUCUUGGCAGCUUUCGUAGACGUCUACGACAUUCUCAACAGCGAAGACUUCCCCCAGCCGGUAGACCUAGAGCUGAAGACGUACCUUCAGGAGAGCGAAUAUGAAAGAUUCCUCGCUUUGAAGUACAUGGGAGCAGAUUAUCGUGAAUGGAAAGGACGUGAGUAACUUCCAAAUUCAUCGAGGGUUUUGGCGAAGUCGAUUAUGGUCAAUUUUUUCGAAAACGCGCAUCACGUACACAACAAACCACCCUUGCCAAUUUGCCUAUGUCGCCCUCUAAGCCGGCAAAUUUUUGUUUUGGACGAAGUUUUUUGAAAGUACGAUAUAUAGUCAAUGUUUCCCGACUUGAAAGGCGAGGUAGGCGGGGCAAGGGGCGGGACGCGUAGCGUGUGCGUACGAGGUUCUUGGCGCCAGUUCAAUUCAAUCGCCGCCGACUAUUCAAAAAGCUCGGUCACCGCUCUUUUUCUGUAUUUUCUACUAUUCUAUUUUUUGAUGCACACAAGAACAUAAUCAAUAAAUAAUUAAAAAUGAGUGAGGAGAGCGAUAAAUGAGCUCUCUGAAUGCUCGCUGGCGGUUGAAUUGAACUGGCGCCAAGAACCUCUUACGCACACGCUACGCGUCCUGCCCCUUGCCCCGCCUCCCUCGCCUUUCAAGUCGGGAAACAUUGACUAUUUAUCGUACUUUCAAAAAACUUCGUCUAAAACAAAAAUUUGCCGGCUUAGAGGGCGACAUAGGCAAAUUGGCAAGGGUGGUUUGUUGUGUACGUGAAGCGCGUUUUCGACAAGAAGUUCAAGAGCGAGCGAAACUGAGUAAAAAGAUUAUUCGAAGUGGAACUCCAAAACCGUAGAAAAUAACAAAAUGAUCGAGAACCGUUUUGGAAAAGUCAAAAUAAAUGAAAUAAAAGAGAAUGGUGACGCCAAUUUGAACUCGAGUUCCCCGUUUAAGGACAGUAAAAAAUGGGGUUUCAGGUGAAAGCAGUAUAUUAUACAGUUUUUCUUUGCGAAUCGAAUGGUGUACUCAAAAAAUUAGAGAUGUGACAACUUUAAAUGAAAAACGCGAUUUUACUUUCCCGCUUUUUUAUUUUUGAAAAAAGCUUUGGAUCGGUAUGCAGACAAAUGUUUACAGUAGCAGUGCACGCGAUGUUGCGGACGUCUCAUUAGACUCGCAUUUUGUGAGAAAUAACCGGAUAUCUGCUUUAAAUCAAGGAGUUUCUACUCUGAAAAAUCGGUUUAGAAAACAGAAAACACUCAUUGAUAAUAAAGAAAACACAAAUAAUCGCUAUCCCAAUCGAAACCUGUGUAAAAUCAUCAUUUUUCGCCAGAGAAGCAUUUUUGCGAUCAAAGUUUGCAAAUUAUACAUGAAUAGAAAGCUUUUGUGACAAAAAGAACUUUGGUGAAAACAGAAAAAAUUGAAAAUUGAAAGAAACGAAGAAAAAAGCUAAUAUCCGAAAGAAGGCGAAGCCUGUUGUCCAUAGAGAAACUUUACUGCGAAGCGCCCUUUUCGCGGGAACUCAAACUUUCUUCUCUCCGACUUUGAAUUAUUUUUUCUCCAAAUCUAGGAAGUUUGGUUCAUUUCAAAGAUCACCGUUCGAUUUUCAAUGAAAAGCUCUACAAAGUACUGCUUUUAACUGAAACACCGUUUUUUUUUUACUAUGCCUUUAAUAUAGGCAAAGAACAAACGACCUUUUUUUUCCUUCAGGUCUCGUUUACACGCAGCCAAUUCCGAAACAAUGCGAGAGUGUUAUAGACGCUGUUCAUCGCAUAAAGUGUACGUUUGAAUUAAGAAAAAUGUUCGAAACCUUGUGAACAAAAAGAACGCGCAUUUUUUUGAACGCUAUCAUAGUCAAUCCUUCCCGUCAUGAAAGGCGACACGGGUGUAUUAAGGGCUGCGACGCGUUUUUUUGGCAGGGAGCCCGAGGUUGAACGCAAUCAUGGAAAAAAAUGUAGUAAAAACAAGUUAUUUACUUUUUUUCAUACUUCUAUUCGUCCAAAUAAAUCUUUCUAAAAAUCAUAAAAAAAUAUGAAGUUAUUGAAAAAAGUUUGGAAAAAGAAGGAUUUCAAUGGUUGCUCGCGUUCGACCUCGAGAUUCCUCGCGCUUCGCUUCGCCAUGCAACGCUUAACGCUUGCCAAUCUACUCAUCUCAAAAAUUCCAAGUCGAGAAAAAAAUGAUUAUAGAAACUUGCGAAGAUUCGAGAGUCGAUUAUUCAAACGUAUACUCAUUUUAAUAAUCCGAGUCAAUUUCUUCAUCCCUCAAUAUCUCAUUAUUUUAGAUGCUGAAGAAAAAUAUGACGUAGUGGCAUAUUUGGUGAAUAAGUUCGUCAAGCGCAGAAAUCUGACGGUCGUCCGCAAGAAAGUUACUCCCGCUGUCAUUGCGGUUAAAAAACCCUAUGCGCCUGCCGACACUUUUCUCGAUCGCGAAGGGACAUGGAGGCUCUCGCGCGGUCUUGAGGCAGUCCGUCUUCUACAACUUUACAAAAACUACUCAGAAAAACUGAGAACCUGAAACAGAACUUUUAGAAAAAAAAGCCUUCAAAAGUCAUGGUGUGGCGCGACACGUGUCUUUUCGUGACUUUUUAUCGGAAAUGUUUUUCCAAAAAAUAGUAGGUUUCAGAUAACAAGGUCCUUUUUCUUGAAAAGGUUAUAGUCUGUUCAGAUUAUCAAUUUAAAAUGCAAUGACGUCAUUAAAACACUCUGUGUCGCUCUCUGAUUGGUUUAUCGCACCAAUAGGGGCGGAGCUUGAGCGACGACUUAACAUUCAAAAAUCUGAACAGACUAUAGAAAAAAAGGAGCUUUUUGUCCUUCUUUGAAAGUUCUCAAGAAGUCAUAUAUAUAUAAUCUAUUUUUUUCAGCCGUGUAGAAAUGGACCGACCACUAAUUGUGAGAUUAAAGAGUUGAACGAAGCAAUGAACGCGAGAAAUUCGAGAGAGAAGGAAGAGCUGAAGAGAAAGGUGAGCAUGACAGUUCAAUUUAGAUCAUUUUCUUUUACCUUUUUUAUUCUAUAUACGAAUCCAUUUCAAUUGCCUUAAGGAACAUGAUCUGAUUAUUCGAGAAAAGGGGAACACCUUAUCCGUCAAAAAACUACUAAACUAUAGUUAGGGAGCGCUUUGUUUGAAAAUUGAAAAAAAAGCCUAAAAAACGUAAGCCGAAAAUUCGAAAAACGCCAUGUUUUUCGGUUUUCCCGCGCGUCACUAAAAGCUUCGUAACUCGGCCUAAAAUCAAAAUUUUUUGAAAAACUAAACUGAUUUGACUUUUGGACAUUCUGUUCUAUCAGAUGAUAUUGGAUUCGACUGUCCAUAACUUUUUUUUCGAGAAAUGGCUUGUGGUGCAUAACUAUAGUAGUUUUUUUUGACCAUUUGAGCAACAACUAAUGACCACUGAAGAAGCUCCUCUAGGGCCACUUGGAGAGGGCACUGAAGUGGCCACUAAAACACCUUUUAUAGAAGCCGCUGUGUUGCACCUUAGUGAAAAAAAUACAAUAGUUUUUUUAAUACUACCACUUAGACUCUUAAAGAGGCUCCUUAAUUUUAUUCGCUCAAGUGGCCGCUAAAUCGCCUACUGUAGUGGCCACUAAAACGUCGAAAUCGUAAAGUGGCCACUAAAAUUGUUCCCAGAUACACGAAAAAAAUCUCCUGUGUCGCAGUUUUUAUCAAAAAGCUUGAUUAAUUUCAGAAGGAGAAGGACGGAAAACAGGCCGAAAAAAGUAACCCAAUCGCUGAAAAAACGACUCCGACGUCGAGAAUCGAAGCUCCCAAGGAAGGGAAGACGCCUUCCAAGGCCUCGUCAAAGCCAUCUCGUGAUCCGCAGGACAAGACCGAGAACUCCCAUGAAUAG